GGGUUUUUUUUCGCUUAUUAUUAUUUUUCACUAUACUGUAUUAUCCUGAUGCAAUAAAGGCUGGUUUGUAAUGUAAUUUAAAAAUAUAUAUGUCCAAACAAAUAGCAGGGCCAGAAUAUGACAAGUGCAUUCAGCAUUAUAAUUCAACCGGGCUCCACCUCCAUACCGCCUCCUAAUUAAUGGGUCUCCGAACUUGCAAAAGCCUGCAUUGGACAGAGAGAGAGCGAGAGAGAGAGAGAGAGAGAGAGGGCGAAAAGUGUCAUUGAAGAUAAUUGAUUACCUCCCAAUCAACAAUAACUUGUUAGCAAUAGUCAAUUACCCCGUCUCUUCUCGCCUCUUUCCCCCUGGUCCGAGGUCUCGGUGCGAGGGCUGCUCUCCCCCUCUCCGAAGUCGUCUUUUAUUUUUUUCUUUUUCUUCCUUCUUUUUUUUUUAAAUUAUUUUUGGGGGUAUCUCUUUUUGGGGGAGGAGGGCAAGGAAAGUGCUUCGAUUUGGGGUGUUUCUUAAAAUAGCAGCUGGGAAUAGAGAGGAGCGAGUGAGCGAGCGGAGAGCGAGAGGAGAGAGAGGGAGACAGACAGGGGGGCGAAAAAAAAAAGAUCCCCGACCCAAAACCCUGGGACAAGAGGUGCGGCAGGACCACCUCUCGGCGAGGGACCGACGGCAGCUCCGCUCCCAGCCGCAGCCCGCCGCGCUGCCUGCCCUGCCCACCCUGCCCGCCGCCCGACGUGGCUCUCCCCGGGAGGACCCGGGGCUCCUCCGCCGGAGUUGGAGGUGGGCUUCAACUUUUACUCGCUGCCUCCGCCGCCGUCACCCCGCGGUCCCCGCGCCGGGGGCUUCUCCCCGCGGCAGCGCAUCCCCGUCGCGGGUGGGGAAGGCAGCCCCGCGCGGCCGGGCCCCACCAUGACUUCCAAAGAAGAAGCCAAGCCCUCCUCGGGGGAAGAACGACGGCGGAGCCCCUUGGAUCACCUCCCGCCGCCGGCCAACUCCAACAAGCCCCUCACUCCCUUCAGCAUCGAGGACAUCCUCAACAAGCCCUCGGUGCGGAGGAGUUACACCCUCUGCGGAACGGCCCACCUCCUCUCCGCCGCCGAGAAGCACCCCCCGGCCGGGCUCCCCCUCUCCGGCCGGGCGCUGCUCUCCCAAACCUCGCCCCUCUGUGCCCUGGAAGAGCUGGCCAGCAAGACCUUCAAGGGGCUGGAAGUCAGCGUGCUGCAGGCGGCCGAAGGCAGGGACGGGAUGACGAUCUUCGGGCAGCGGCAAACGCCGAAAAAGCGUCGGAAGUCGCGGACGGCCUUCACCAACCACCAGAUCUACGAGCUGGAGAAGCGGUUCCUCUACCAAAAAUACCUGUCGCCGGCGGACCGGGACCAGAUCGCCCAGCAGCUGGGGCUCACCAACGCCCAGGUCAUCACCUGGUUCCAGAACCGCCGCGCCAAGCUUAAGCGCGACCUGGAGGAGAUGAAGGCCGACGUGGAGUCGGCCAAAAAGCUGGGCCCCAACCCCGCCGUGGACAUCGUGGCCUUGGCCGAGCUGGAGCCCAGCGCCGAGGGAAGGGGCAAGGCACGGCCCGGUUCCCCGCCGCCGCCCCCCCCCGCCGCCCGGGAGCCCGCCGCCCCGCCGCCGCCCCGCCCCGCCUCGCCCCCCACGGAGCGGCCCCGCAGCCGCCGGGACAGCGAGGAGGAGGAGGAGGAGGAGGAGGAGGACGUGGAGAUCGACGUGGAUGACUGAGGGGCGGCCGGCGGGCCUCCCCCCCAACCCCAACCACAGCCACCCCCCCCCCCACCGCCCCGUCCCGCUCCACCCCCCCCCCCCCAACCCCGCAGCUCCAAACGGGGACCCCCGGCCCCGGCAGGGCGGCACGGCGGCUGCUCCCCCUGGUCGGAGCAAUAAGCAAUAGAAACCCACCACACACACCCCCUCACACACAAAAACACAAAUUAAUUUAGGGUAGAGUCGAUAUCCCUCCGCCUGUCACAUCUUCGGAAUGGUGCAAUUACGGACGGCUUCUGUAUAAAUAUUUAAACGUAUAUAUUGGAUUUUUUUUCUUCCCCUUGUUUUGAGGUUUUGAUUAUUAUUUUUUUAAUAGCUAUCAGUGACGCUUAUUUUGUCUCUAAGGGAGACGCGUAACCUUGGAAUAAACUCGGCUCCCAACAGAUGUUUGGGUAGGCAGUUGUUCUCAAAGACUUCCGAAACGAACCACUUUAGAGGAGAAUUAAGUUAGACUUAAAACGGCAACAGCAAAAAAUACCCACUUUCCUUUCCUUGCAUGUUUCAGAUGUGCACGAAGUAAUUUCUUUUUUUCCUUUUAGAAAUAUUUUUUUUCUUUCGCAAUCUUGGGAACUUGGGGACGGGUUAUAAUGCAAGUUGAAAAAUAUAUACUUUCUUUUUUUCCUAGAGCAUAGAGAUUUGUCUCCAAUGCAAUUUCUGCCUCAUUUUACCAAUUAAAAGCUAUUUUUACCAUUUUCUGCUAUUGUUGUGCUUUUAUUAAAAAGCUGCCUUUCGUAUUUUUGAUAUGAAGGUGGUAACAAAAAAACGAAAAUGAAAAAAAAAAUCCUAGAAUUAUUUUUUACUCUUUUUAGAAUUUUUGCAUGCUAUGGAAAUAAAAAAGGACAAAUCCCAAGAUCGAUACAUUUAAAUAUUACGCUAUAAAUUUAAAAAAAUGUACAGAUUUAAGACCUGUUUUUGCUUGAAUUGUACAAAUUUUAAAAGGCCUGCUAUUUAAGUUCCGAUAGGGACAAUGUCGCUUUAUUUACUGUCUCUUAGAAUUGUACAGAUAGCUCUUUUUUCCGAUACAAUAAAAUCUUUACCAUUUUAA